CAGCACAACACGGAAGUGUCGGGAGAGAGAAUAUCAUCAGUAAAUCCCCCUUUCGGUUGACUCUCGACGCUCGGUUCCGACGGAGCGAAGCUGCCGGCAAGAGAGCGAGUUGUCUUAAUGUUCUAAAUAUUCAGAUAUUUUGGGAAAGGACUGUCUGAUGUCAGUAACUGGAGCCGCUGCUGCCACCAAUCAGAAGAUGGAGAAACCCUUGCAACUAGUUUAUAACAAGGAUGAGAAGAUGCAACUUAACCCAGAGGCUCUGAAGGUCCUCCAGUCCAUCAAGGAUCCAAUGGUUGUUGUGGCCGUGGUUGGUGCUGCUCGUACAGGGAAGUCCUACCUCAUGAACUGUCUGGCGGGAGACAAGAAGGGAUUCUCAGUAGUUUCAACCAUGCAGGCUCACACCAAAGGAAUCUGGAUGUGGUGUCGAUCCCUCCCUCAGAGACCCAAUGAGGUCCUCCUGUUGUUGGACACUGAAGGUUUGGGGGAUCCUGAGAAGGGAGACAACCAGAAUGACAACUCUAUCUAUUUAUUGACUAUCCUUCUGAGCAGCAUCCUCAUUUACAAUGGUCAAAGAAAGAUAGACCAGCAAUCCCUGCAAGACCUACAUUUUGUGACUGAACUGUCCAAGCGGAUCCAGAUGAAGUCCCAGCCUGAUGUCCAUGACAGUUGGGACUUUGUCCGUUUCUUCCCUGAAUUUGUCUGGGUGAUCCGUGAUUUGACAUUGGAUAUGAACGUUGAUGGCAAAGAUGUGACUCCGAAUGAGUACCUGGAGCACAUUCUGAAACUGAAGGACUGUGAGAUCAGUGAGCAAGACAAGAAAUAUAAUGAACUCCGCAGGUGUAUCCGCGAUCAUUUUCCCUCACGUUGCUGCUUUGCAUUGCCCAUUCCCACAUCCCGGAAGAAACUCAAGAAGCUCCAGGAAUUGGAGGACAAGGAUCUGGAUGAGGAUUUUGUUACGGAGCGGCAGAACCUCAUCAAUUACAUUCACACCCACAAGAAAGUCAAGAGAGUUGUUGGGGGUCAGCUGGUCACAGGCAGGAGAUUUGUUGAAUUGACCAAGGCAUACAUGGACAUGAUGGCAGAUGGGGGUGUACCAUGUGUGGAGAGCUGUGUAGCCAUAUUUGCGGAGUUGGAAAACCAAGCAGCAGUAGAUGAAGCCCUGAAAUUCUAUGAAGAUGAAAUGAACAAAUUCUCAGAGGCUGAUGAUCUUACUAUGAGCCAAUUGCUAGACCUUUAUAAUGAGAAGAGCAUGGAAGCAUUUGAUAUCUUCCAGAAAAGAAUUAUGAACAGCAACAGUGAUAAAUUCAGCAAACAGCUGAAGGAGAAGAUGAAAACCUUUUACAUAACACUCAGGGACAAGAUCAAGGAAAAGUCAGAAAAGCGAUGUGAGAAACAUUUAAGAGAAGAAACGUCAUCAAUUAAAGCAAAUAUGGCAUCUGGACAUUACUGGAGAUUUGGUGGUUACCAGGAGCUGAAGGAUGAUCUUGAUAAAGCCAUCAAGGAGUAUGAAAAAAAGACCAAGAAUGAGAUGGAGGGGGAUGCUGUCCUUGUCCGUUUCCUGGAAGAGAGAAACCGUUGGCAAGACCAGAUACAUUAUAUGGACGGAAAACUGAUGCAGCAACGAAUGCAUGUCUCUGAAUUGGAAAAGGAGCUGUCAAGGCUUAAACAGGAGAUGGUGAAGAAGGAGCAGCAGAGGAUGGUGGCUGAAGAACACAGGAAUCAGGAGAUCAUGAGGAAGAUCAGGAAAAAGUGUGAGGAGUGUACAAAAUGCAGUGUGGAGGAGCUGAAGGAAGCGAUGGAGCAUAUGAGGAGUGAAAAGGUGAAAUAUGAAGAUGAGGGCAGGAUGGAGGAUGCGGAAAGGGCUCACCAGAGGUACGAGUACCUGAAGAAGAAAUAUGAAGAGGCAAAUGAAUCGGGUUUCAUAAAAUUCUUCAAGAAAUUUCUGGGAUUUUCGUCACGCUCGUAACUCUGGUGGACGCUGUGGUAAAAUUGUUUGUAUCCAAAGUAGAGAAGUAGUCAAAAAGAUGCGUACAUUAAGAAAUGUGUCCCCAGCACCAAUCCUGUGAUAUCCCAAACAGCUUCCAACCCCCUCACCCAAUCUGAUCAAUGAACCAUACCCCAAAUAUUGUCCACCCAACACAUUUCACAUCCAAUCCCCAGCCUGAUUCGGUUGCACAUACUGGAAAAUUUAAAGUGAGGUCAGGAAUUUUCUCCCAGUUUAUCCAUAGAUUCUAGCUAAUUUAUCUCAGAACCCCAGUGACAUGAAUGAGAUUAUCAUUUCCCCAUGACCCACUGUAAUAUGUCCCAUUCACUAUAACCCAACAGCCCAUGUGCACUCUCCCCAAUCACAGAAUGUCCCCAUCUAUAAAAUCCCCUACCACAGCCCAUGGACAGUCUCUCCCUUACUCACUAAUCCCCUCUCACAACCGACAGACACUCCCUCAUCACUGAUUGUCCCCAUCCACUGAAACCCUUCCCACAUUUCACCUCUCCCCAAUCACUAACUCCACCACCCUCUGAACAGAUUCCCACAGCUCAUGGACACUCUCUGCAAUAAUCAACUCCCCACCCAAAGAAACUCCUUGCACAGUCCACGUACACUCCACAUACAGCUAAUGGACACACUCUCCAAUAACCGCUCUCCUCAACCAUUAAACCCACCCCACACCAACUCCCUGACCUACUGAAACCCCUCAGACAGCCCACAGACACUCUUCUCAAUUAUUCACUCUCCCCACCAACUAAGUCCCCUCCUACAGGCCAUAGACACUCUCCCCCAUCACCAGCAUAACCCCAUCUUCUGAAUUCUCUCCUGCAGCCCAGAGACCCUCUAUCUACCCUACGAAUCCCCUCCCACAGCCCACAGACUUUCUCCCCCAUCACAGAAUCCCCUCCCACAGCCCAUUGACAGUCUCUCCAACUAACUAAAUUCCCUCCCACAGCCCGUGGACAUUUUCCCCCCAUCACCGACUCUCUCCCCGCCCUAUCAUCCACUGAAUCCUCUGUAUUUGAUACAGUGCAUGAGAAACACACUCCACAAUAAUUUUACCUGACAACUUUUCUUCAUUAAUCAUGAUUAGUUCAAACACAUCAAAGCUUUGGUAUGUAGAUUCAAACAAUUCUGGUUACUUUUUAGUCUCACAACCUCCACUUGUGUUCAUACAUUGUUGGUAUUUAAAUGCAGUGAGUUUGUCUCUGAGUCAGGGUUGAGGACAUUUCUUCAGCAGAUGUUGGACUCUGGAGUUAUCUCUGCCAAAUAUCUUCUGACACUCCAUUUUAUGCAUUCCUGCAUAGAGGUUCCAGACACUGCUUAGUUAUUCAUAGCUAAGUAUAAAGCUAAAUGUCCAUGUGUUUUUUACAAUCAACUCAUACACCUGUCCACACUGUCCAACAAUGUUCUGAACUAUCAAUUAUAAGGAGCUCUGUUUAUCCUUGGCCAAUUCAUCAAACUCUCCCUGGUGCACCGAGUUAGCUCCCACAACCUUCUUAUAUGCUAGCUCAGUGUUCUGGGUCAGCGGUCAGCUCUAUUCAACACUGACCCUGUGUUGAUAAUGUCCCGGUCCUGCACUCGGCUAUGUGUUCUGUGGAUCUCUCUCUCACUAGCAGAGUUUCCUCCCAGAGCCUGAUGGGGAACUUGUCGUCUCCCUCUGGCUGCUACACUCCCACCAUCAAUCCAUGAUCAGUGUGACUACUGGAUCAAACUAAUUAUCCAAGCAAUAAAUCUGACUGCCAGCAAUGAACAAUUAGAAGCUGUAAUGUGAGAACGGAUGAACAUUCAGCAGAGAAAUAUGAGACUGUAGGUGCUGGUAUCUAGAACAGCAACAGGAAGAUGGAAGGAUCUUCAGUGUGUCAAGCAUCAUCUGUUGGUGGCAAUGGGGCAGAAGGAAUUGUUGACAUUGGGUCAAGGUCAUGUAUUAGAACUGAUAGAGCUAUCCUCAGCACAGAGUCUCGACCCAAGCUAUCAACUACUCCUUUCCUACCACAGAUACUGUUUGAUCCACAGAGUUCCUCCAGCAGGUUAUUGCUUUAUAUAAGUUAAGUGAUUAAUCUUGGCUAAUAGAUUUGUUAAGUAACAUAGAUGCUACAUUUUAACACAUAGCUUUAUUAACACAUCAGUUAUCUUUCCAAUUAACUGAAUCAAAGUAGCUGCAAUAAUCAGAUUCAGGAUAUAUAUGUGUUGAUGAACUUAGAUAUCAGAAGUGUGGAUUUAAAAUACUAGCAGUUUGUAUAUGCUGAUAAAUCUGUGAAACUUCAAUAAAGGUUUGGUGUGAAGCAGAAAGUUGUUCUCUAUUGCAU